AUGGGACUCAUUUCUGUCGGAUGCCCAGCAUCGACAAGCAUUCCGAUAGGGAGUUACACAAUGACAGAAUUCACGCAUUUACUGAAUUCGUUGAAGUAUCCCAACGGUAAACCUGAAAUGUUCGCCGCUUUUAACCUUGCCAGGGAUCUUAUAUAUGCUGAAAGAAGCAAAUGGCAAACUAUAAUGGUUUUUUCAAAUGCGCGGUAUUCAACCCAAAUCUGUCUCAACUCGAAAUUAAGGGAAGAUGAAUUUACAAUUGCGGAUGAGCUUCGAAGGAAGGUGUAG